AAACACACACACUCUCUCUCUCUCUCUCUCUUCCUCUCUCUCUACUUUAUCUUGUGAUUGCGGUGUUCCUCAACAAUGGCGAAUGUGGCUGUUAUGGCUACCACCACUGACACCAAGUGGUGCAUGGCUUCGUUGCGCUCUGCUCUGCCAUCUCUUUCUCCUUCUCCUUCUCCUUCUUCUUCUUCUUCCUCCUCCUCUCUAACUUCAUUGCGCUUCCCUUCAUUCUCAUCUUCUUCAUCAUCACCAAAACUCCGAAUUUCGAAGACCAAACCCAAAUCGCUUCUUCCCUCUUUCACCGGCCUUUCCCCUCUUAACCCUCUCUUCCUUUCCGGUUCUUCUUCUUCAGAGUUUACCAGUUUUGGUCACUGUUUUACCAUUAUUGACAAUGGUGGUAGAGUCUAUGCCAUGAGACAUGGGAGGAAAGUGCCCAAACUCAACAGGCCCCCUGAUCAGCGCAAGGCACUUAUUCGAGGCCUUACAACUCAGCUCCUUAAAUACGGUCGCAUCAAGACCACAAGACCAAGAGCCAGUGCAAUUAGGAAGUAUGUUGAUAAAAUGGUCACUUUGGCAAAGGAUGGUUCUCUUCAUAAAAGGAGGCAAGCCCUUGGGUUCAUCUAUGAGAAGCAGAUUGUUCAUGCUUUAUUUGCAGAGGUUCAAGAACGUUAUGGUGAAAGAAAUGGGGGUUAUACAAGAAUUAUAAGAACCCUUCCGAGACGAGGUGAUAAUGCACCUAUGGCAUACAUUGAACUUGUGUAGCCAUCGCUUUUAUUUGGGUGCAAUUAUUAGUUAAUCUCAGUGCAAUGUUGAGAUUGAUAAUGCAUCCAAUGGUAACAAUUGAUUCUACAGUUUUUCCUGUGUUGAGUUGUAUUUGUAUUAUGCCUUUUGGACUAGUUCUCAGUUUGCAUCUCUUUCUGUACGUUUGGACAAACAACCAUCUUUGAUCUUAAGUGAUCAUCUGCAAAAGGUAAUAGAUUCACUUUUUUUGUUGUUGCAAUAAGCACUUAUUUUUAAGGAUAAGUACUUACUCAUGUUCUUAAGUGUCUUUGUAUUUGUCCUAUGCGCUGCUGCA